AUGUCAGAUGCUAUGAGUGCAAAAUUUGACAAGUACUGGUCUGAUAUCCAAGGCCUCAUGGGUAUUCCUACACUCCUUGAUCCACGGUUUAAGAUUGAUAUGCUGCAUUUGUGCUUUGAAAUGCUCCUUGGUGACGAGUCCAUUAUUGAUUGUGAGAGUAAAGUUCAUGAGAUCCGUGAGUUAGUGUCUAGCCUGAUGCUUGAAUAUAAAAUGGAGAGUGAGCAAGAGAAUACAGAAGCCCAGUCUGUGUCCAUUUCUGCAAUGGAAGCUAACGAGGUGAUGUCCAUCUUCAGUGCACGAGUAGCUAGAAAGAGGCCUGCAACCAGUUUAUCCAGAACAGAGUUAGACCGCUACUUGGAUGAUAAGUAUGUGCCAGCUAAUCAAGAGAAUUUUGAUGUGUUGGAUGGUGGAAUGUUGCUGGUUCACGCUACCCAACUUUGA